CGCCCUGAUUGUACUGGUUGUUCAAGGCAUUCAGUAAAUUCUUCACCAGCAUAAAGGUUAAUCGAAGUAAAUUGGAAUAUGCAAUCCGGUGAGACUUCUUUGUCAGAAUAAAAGUACCUUUUUCAAAAAAAAGAAAACAACCUAUAAGCAGAUAAAAUGGGAAAAGGCGACGCACCUCCUCCAAUUUCUUCAGAUAUCCCAGCGCCACCAUAUCCUGGUCCCCCUUUGGUCAACAACGUAGUCCUCAUGCAGCCUGCACCCCAGCCUGUUGCCCAGCAAAUUCCCCAGCUUGUUGUGCAACAAUACCCCCAGCCUGUUAUUCAGCAAUAUCCCCAACCUGUUGUUCAGCAAUAUCCCCAGCCUGUUGCUCAGCAAAAUCCCCAGCCUGUUAUUCAGCAAUAUCCCCAACCUGUUGUUCAGCAAUACCCCCAGCCUGUUGUUCAGCAAUAUCCCCAGCCUGUUAUUCAGCAAUAUCCCCAGCCUGUUGCUCAGCAAAAUCCCCAGCCUGUUGCUCAGCAAAUUCCCCAGCCUGUGACCCAACAGGUGGCUCCACAAAUGAGGCUCACUGAUGCUCCAGGAAGAAUGCAAUGUCGAUAUUGCCAGAACACUGUUGUGACGUCAACCGAAUACAAAGUGGGCAUGUGCACCUGGUUAAUUUUUGGAGGCCUUUGCAUUUUUGGAAUCUGGCCCUUCUGUUUGAUCCCCUUCUGUGUGCCGUCUUGCCAGGAUGUGCAGCAUUCCUGCCCGACAUGCAACCAUGUUCUUUACGUCUACAAACGCAGCUAAAGCAUUGAAUCCUGCAUUGAGUGAAAUGUCUGCUGAACCUCUAUUAGGUUGGACUGUAAAUACAUUUAGUAUGUUUUCCCAAUGUGUUUUAACAAAUCAUUAAAAUGUGACAUAA